GCGAUAUGUUGAUUUGGCUCGGCCCGAAACAACAUUUCGAAAUUACAUGUCAAAUGUGUGGAGCAAACCAAAAGCGCUCGCCAGAUCUGCUUCAUACACCAACCUUACUUAUAUUAAGGAGGCAGAGCACGAUUUUCCGAUUCGUCGCUCGACAUCCGUGUCUUCGCUCGCGCCAUCCUUAGCGCUUCCGCAGCACUAUCGACAGCCAGAACGGAUCGUACACACUUUACCUGUUUAUAAGCCACAGAUUCAUAACUGGUACAACAACGCCUACAGCAAGGCAAAAUGGAUUGUUCGUAUUUUUUUUUUUGUAGUAUUUUUAUGCAUUACUCCGCAUUAUGUACACCUCCAAUAAAU